GGUGGGGCCUCGUCGGGGCGGUCCCGGGGCGGAGCGGGCCGCAGCCAUGGGGGUGUCGGGGCCGUGGGCUCUGCGGGUCGGGCUGGCGCUGGGGACUUUGGCCUUGCUGCUGCAGGGCCUGCGGGGCUGGCUGGCCUGCAAGAGGUACGAGUUCCAGCCCGCUGAGAUCGCCCAGCUCGUCCGGCACCACGCGGGGCUGGACCAUGAGUUGGCUUUCUCCAAGAUUAUCGUGGAGCUGCGGAAGAAGCACCCGGGCCACAUCCUGCCUGAUGAGGACCUGCAGUGGGUGUUCAUGAAUGCAGGUGGCUGGAUGGGCUCCAUGUGCCUGCUGCAUGCCUCCCUCACUGAGUAUGUGCUGCUCUUCGGGACGGCCAUCGACACCGGGGGCCACUCGGGCCGGUACUGGGCAGAUAUCUCUGACACUGUCAUCUCGGGGACCUUCCGGCAGUGGAAGGAGGGGACCACCAGAAGUGAGAUCUACUAUCCCGGGGACACCAUCGUGCACCAGGCGGGAGAGGCCACAUCGGUGCAGUGGAGCGCGGGCACCUGGAUGGUAGAGUACGGUCGGGGCUUCAUCCCCUCCACGCUCGCCUUCGCCCUGGCUGACACCCUCUUCAGCACUCAGGACUUCGUAACCCUCUUCUACACCCUGCACGUCUACGUCAAGGGCCUGCUCCUGGAAGCCAAUGCCUUCAUCAGCACCUUGGGGUGCUGAGCCCGGCUGGCUUGGCUUCCCUGCCAGCCUUCCUCCCUGCUCCUCUUCCUUCUCUCCAGACCGCAGGUCCCAAAACCUGGGGAUGAGGAUGCUGGCGCAAGCUGGGCUGCCCUGUGCCCCUUGGGUCACAGUGCAUGGGGAAAGCCAGCCCCGAGCAGCCUCAGCAGAGGUUGGCUGGGAAGUUCCCAGUGUCCCGGCCGUGCUGGGGGGCUGCCGUGGCUGCGGUCAGAGCAGAGCGCGGCAUCCAGCUGGCAUCUCCUGCCCUUGCUCCCAUCCCUGCGGACAUGGGUUGGCAGCGCACAGUGUCCCCACAGCAGCAGGGGGCUCUGCGCUGGGACCCCCAGGCAGCAAGUGGAUGCCUGGUCUCUGCACUGGAGGUCCGUUCUGGGCUGGCCCCUGGCCCCAGUGUGUCAUCUCCCCCGGGGAUGUGGAGGCUGGAAGAGGGUCCCUUUUUUCCACACGCCCUGCUCAUGUCCCCCCAAGGGGGACAGCCACCCUCUGUCACCUUAACCGAGCGUGGCCUCCAAGCUAUGCAUGUGCCUAGUGUCUGCAGGUGCCCAAACCUCUGAAUCAGCUCAGGAUGGGACUUUGCCCCUCAAAACACUUCCCCUGGCUGAGGCCCAUUAGGGUCCCUGGCUGAGCUGGGGUGCGGACCCUGCUUGCAGCUCUGUGCCUGAAGUGGGCUUGCUGCUCGGUGGAGGGCUUUCACCUCCAUGCUGUUGCCAAAAUAAUGUGUGUGUGUGUGUGUGUGUGUGUGUGCGCGUGUCCCCUGGCCAUCAGGCCUGUAACAUGUCCUUCCUCCCCACUCCCCAUACUGGCCUCUUUCCACCAACCGGGAGCCCCACAGGCGGGCUACGUCUUAAUUUGCCACCCAAAAAGAGAUGUAAGUAAUAAACGUCUUCAUUCCACUCCCCCGGGAAGUCUCUGGAGCUUGCUGAGCCCCCGCCAUGGGGCAUGGGGCAGGAUCCGUCUGGCUCUGGGCUCAGCAGCAGAGCAGGGGGUCCUGGGGACAGCCGGGUGUCCCCAGAGGGGUGCAAAGGGACAGGGGCGAGCACAUGGAGAGCAGGGUAACGCACAGGUGUGAGACAGGCACAGGAGGUACUCUGGGGGUGCACAGGCUGUGUGCAUGCACAGGUGCAAGCAGGACAGUUAGGUGUGCAUAAGUUGGGUGUGCACAGGUGUGGGUAUACGGAUAGGUAAAAGUUUGCAGGAGGUAUGGUCAGGAUGAGUGUGCAUACACUGGGAUAUAUGUAGAGUAACUGUGUAUCAGUCCAUACGGUGAGAACAAGCGUGUGCACACAUUGGGCACAUGCACAAAUCUGUGUGUGCACAUAGAGAGGAUAGUGGUAUGCAUGCCUCUAUAGGGUGCACAUGUGCGUUGUCCUGGAGUAUAUGUGUGUGUGCGUGCACAGGGGUGUGUUUAUGUGUGUGCAAGCAUUCCUGCAGGCCUGUCGAGGAACAUGAGUAAUCCUGCGCCAGCCCGCACGGGAAGGCACUAACUCAGCAGCUCGUAUCAAUACCUCUCCACUUACAGCAAAGGCUGCGUAAUGAAAAUCCGAUGGGCACGCUGGUGGGAGUAAAUAAGUGCCAUUAAAAUGAGAAAAUCAAAGCUCUA